AUGGCUGCAAGACUAUUCUCAUCCGGAGCUCUCGCUCUCCGUUCAGUGGGCAGCGCAACGCGACGAUCCUUCCAAACUUCCGCCCCGAGACUCUACGCCGACGCCGCGCCGCUCCCGGCCAGCAAGCCCCUGGGCGCAUUCCGCGGAGGACUGUUUGGUUUCCUGGUCGGUGCGACUCUCGCUGGCUCUGGGACCUACUACUACGUCCUGCAAGACUACAAGGCGUCAAACGAGCUGCUCCAGGACGACAUCUAUGCCCUGCAGGCAGCCACGCAUCGGAUGAGCAACUACCUGACCACCCUCGAGGAGAAAAUUGACACGAUGGAGAAGAAGAAGAAGAAAUGA